AUGGUAUCGACCGAUGAUCUUUUACGAGCAUGGUAUCGACCGAUGAUUUUUAACGAGCAUGAGGGCGAAAUCGGCGAAAAGAAUAACGGGGUGACUUCCCCAGUUAGUGACAGAGACAAGGAGGUGGUGAGGGUGCCAGCAUCUAUCAGCAGACACCUGAUGGAGCAUCAGAAGGAGGGGGUGCGGUUUCUGUACGGACUGUUUCGACAGAACACGGGCGGCAUUCUGGCGGAUGACAUGGGCUUGGGCAAGACGAUUCAGGCGAUCGCACUGAUGGCCGCAGUGUUGGGAAAGACAGGCACGGCUGAAGACAUGGCUGCUCCUGCAGUCACCGUGACAGCAGCAGCUGCACAGGCAACUGCAGUAUCAGCAGCGGAUGAAGCCGUGAAAGCAGCAGGAAAUGCAAGCGAAACGGGUGUUGGUCAAGGGAGGAGCAGUGCAGUAGGGAAGACCACUGCAGGGGGAGCAGCAGCAGGGGACAGAAGCGCAGGAGGGGCAGCAGGGAGGGCUAUACUGGUGGUGGUGCCGAGCUCAGUGCUGGGCAACUGGCAGGAGGAGCUGAAUCGGUGGGGGCACUUCCGAAUUUCCAUCUUCCACGGGUCGCACAGAGAGGCUGCUCUGGUGCAGCUGCGGUCAGGAUGGGCGGAGGUUGUGCUGACCACAUUCGACACGUUCCGGGUUGUGGCUGACACUCUGUGCCCGCACCCAUGGCUCAUGGCCAUAGUGGACGAGGUGCAUCGAUUACGAAGCUACAGCUCAACUCUGUUUCAGUGUGCUGAUCGCAUCAACACUGCACGUCGGUAUGGGCUGUCAGGCACAGUCAUGCAGAACGAGUUUCGGGAGCUGUGGAGCGUCUCUCAAGGAGUUCAACGAGCGUGGUUGCGGUUCGGCUUUUUGGGCACCUUGAAGGAGUUCAACAAGCAAUACAGCGACUCUCUCAGGCUGGGUCCGUCUCACUCUCUCACCUCACUCUCCACCCAACCACACCUGCAGGGUCAGCGCAAGGGUGCUCCCCAGCCUCUGGUGGCUCGGGCGCAGGCUCGGCAGGCGGAGCUGGUUCGGGCGCUGGCUCGGGUGCUGCUUCGGCGGCACAAGGAUGACCUGCAGGGCUCGCUGAAGCUUCCAGGAAAGCGCGACAUGAUCGUGGUGUGCCCGAUGACGCAACUCCAGAGGAGGGUGUACCAGCGGUGUUUGAAACUGCCCGACUUUCAACUGCUGUCUCGAAAAGAUGAGCCCUGCAGCUGUGGCGGACCGAGGAAGCGCAGUGAGUGCCACCAUAAAGGGGACGACGGCGAGAAGAUGGGAGGGGGAGGCGUGCUGUGGUCGUCACUCCACCCGGAUGGUCUCUGCUGCCCGCGCUGCCCCUUCUGCGUGCUCUUCCCCUGCCUCUCAAAGCUGCAGCAGAUCAGCAACCAUUUAGAGUUGUUAAAGCCAAAUCCCAGGGACACCCCUGACAAGCAGGCCAGGGAUCUCGCGUUCGCCAGGCUGGCGCUGGCCGGCGAUGCUGACCUGGCGGGCGGCGUGCGGGCGGCGAGUGAUCUGCUGACACUUGGCAGUAGCGCGCACUGUGGGAAGCUGAGGGCGUUGGAUCGGCUGCUGAAGCAGUGGUGUGGGAGUGGGGAUAAGGUGCUGCUGUUUAGCCACUCAGUCAAAAUGCUGGACGUGCUUCAGAGGUUCCUAGAGGCCAGAGGGAUUUCCUUCUCUCGACUCGACGGUUCUACCUCCACAGCCACGCGCCAGGCCCUCGUGCAUAGCUUCAACUCCAGCCCUUCUAUACAGGUGUUCCUCAUUUCUACCAAGGCAGGUGGGAUCGGUCUAAACCUCGUCAGCGCCAACCGAGUCAUCAUAUUUGACCCUACAUGGAACCCUGCUCACGAUCUACAGGCUCAGGAUCGCUCCUUCCGCUUCGGCCAGACAAGGCAUGUAUCAGUAUACCGACUGGUGGCGGGUGGGACGGUGGAGGAGGUGGUGUAUCUGCGACAGGUGUACAAGCAGCAGCAGACCAACAUUGCGAUCGAAGGGGCUUCAGAAGAGCGAUAUUUCACAGGGGUGCAGGGCUCCAAGACCCACCAGGGGGAGCUAUUUGGAGUUGCAAAUCUGUUUCAAGACCACAGCACUAGUAUUUUGUCAGCGGAGAUCAUAGGCAAGGCUGCGAGACAGCCGCAGCAGCAGCAACAGUGGGAGAAGCAACGGGAGGAGCAGGAGCGUGAAGAGUUUAGAAAGCAGGAGGAUCAGGAGGAAUGUGAGGCGGAGAAAGAAGUAUUGGCAAAGAAACAACAGCUGGAGGAGGUGGGAAAGAGGGAUGGGAAGUCAGCUAUGCUGGGAAGGCAGCAGUGUGAUUCGGAAAAGGGCGGCGAUGAUUUGCUCGUUGUGCAGGUGCCUGCUGGGACACCUGGGUUUUCUCCUGAAGUGCCUGGCAUAUUAUCUGAGGGCGAAGUGCUCCGCUUGGCUAGAAAGGAAGACGAGUUGCUGGUGAAAGCCGGUAGGGCGAAGGGGAGGAAGGAUGACGAGGAGGACAAUGGGGUGAGUGGGCUGGCGAGAUUCGUUGAGGAGAGAGAGGCGCCUGACGAGCUUCUCGAUGCUGGUGUGGCAUACACCCAUGUGAAUGAUGACGUCAUCAGGGGCCACCAUGGAAUCAGGACCGUUGCGCCAUUGGCUGCUGUACUGUCGGAUGAUCGUCCAACCACCAAGACCCUCCUUCUGUCGCGCCUUCCUCCUGCCUCAGUCACGCCCUCCACUUUGUCACAUUCCAUAAAGGAACGAGAUCGGGCGGCAGGAUCAGUGAAGAGGAAGAGGAGCGGGGCAAGGACGGGAGGUGGGGGGAAGAGUGGAGUGGUGGAUAAGGGCGGUGGUGGAGGGAAGAGGAAGGGAGAUGCACACAACGAGCAGCCAAAAGGGUCGAAUUCUUGGAAAAGGAGUACGGAGGGCGGAGGGGAGGCUUCAGCAGGGCGGCAACCACCGCGACAGCUCCUCAAGCAACGAGUGGAGGCAUGCCAACAGAAGCAACACCCAGUGGCAUCGACGAAUGUUAAGGCAGAAGUGUUUGCGCGCAUGGCUGCUUGGGCUGGGGAAUCGAGUGGAGAGGAGUUUUCAAAGAAGAUACUGCAAAUGAGUUCUGAGGAGAGAAAGCAAAAGCUAGCCGAGUUUAAGGCAUGGGAUGCUGCAAGGAGCUAUCAAACAAAGUGA